AUGCAGCGCCCCGGGCCCUUCAGCACCCUCUACGGGCGGGUCUUGGCCCCGCUGCCCGGGCGGGCCGGGGGCGCGGCCUCUGGCGGAGGCGGGAACAGCUGGGGUGUCCUGGGUUCCCACGUGCAGCCUCCCGGGCGCACGCAGUCCGGGACCCGCGCCGGCGUCGGCGGUACAGGUACCUACGGCGGGGACGCCAACGGCGCCUGCCCGGCCCCCUCCACGAUGUCCAAGGCCGAGGAGGCCAAGAAGCUGGCGGGCCGCGCGGCGGUGGAGAACCACGUGAGGAAUAACCAAGUGCUGGGAAUUGGAAGUGGCUCUACAAUCGUUCAUGCUGUACAGCGAAUAGCUGAAAGAGUGAAACAAGAGAAUCUGAACCUUGUCUGCAUUCCCACCUCCUUUCAGGCCCGUCAGCUCAUCUUGCAGUAUGGCUUAACUCUCAGUGACCUGGACCGACACCCAGAGAUCGACCUCGCAAUUGAUGGUGCUGACGAGGUAGAUGCUGAUCUCAAUCUCAUCAAGGGCGGUGGAGGCUGCCUGACCCAGGAGAAAAUUGUGGCUGGCUAUGCCAGUCGCUUCAUCGUGAUUGCCGACUUCAGAAAAGAUUCAAAGAACCUUGGGGAUCAGUGGCACAAGGGAAUCCCCAUUGAGGUCAUCCCAAUGGCCUAUGUCCCAGUGAGCCGAGCUGUGACCCAGAAGUUUGGGGGCAUGAUUGAACUUCGGAUGGCUGUCAACAAGGCAGGUCCCGUCGUGACGGAUAAUGGAAAUUUUAUCCUGGAUUGGAAGUUUGAUCGGGUGCAUAAGUGGAGUGAAGUGAACACAGCUAUCAAAAUGAUCCCAGGCGUGGUGGACACAGGCCUUUUCAUUAACAUGGCUGAGAGAGUCUACUUCGGGAUGCAGGACGGCUCCGUGAACAUGAGGGAGAAGCCUUUCUGUUGACCGUGCAGGAGCGAACUGUGUUCACCUUGAGCCCCCGGCCCACAGCUGAGGUGGACAUGCCUCUCCAGGAGCCUUUGCCUUAAUGUCUCUGUGCCAGAUAGACAGCUGGCAGGGUGGGGGUUGGGGGGUUAAAUCCAGUCUUCUGAAGUAUUGUUAUUUAAUGUCUUUUUAAAAAGAGAAAUAUAAACCUAUAUAUU